AGCCAGGGGCCGGGGGGCGCGGAUCCCGGAGAGCCGGGCAGGGCAGAGCGACGAUCCUGAGCCGGUUGUGGGUGGGGGGGGACCCCGGGAAGACAGAGCUGCGAGAACCGAGAGCCUCCCCGCCCUCCCUCCCGUAGUGGAGCCCCUCAGGCACCUGCUCGCCCUCCCGGCCGAUCCGCGCGCGCAUCGUGGCCCACAGGCCCCCGCCCGGGCCCAGUCCCCUCCUGGGGCCCCCAUGGCCCGGGCCGCAGCCCUCCCGCCAUCGAGAUCGUGGCCGACGCUGCUGCUGCUGCUGCUGCUCCGGGAAGCCGGAGCCCAGGAUGUCCGAGUUCAGAUGCUGUCCGAGGUGCGUGGCAACCUGGGAGGCAGCGUGCAGCUGCCGUGCCACCUGCUGUCCCUGGCCCCCGGAGUGCGAGUCUCCCAGGUGACCUGGAAGCACCAGGAUGUCACCGUGGCCGCCUUCCACCCCAAGUAUGGCGUCCACUUUCCCAACCCACAGUUCAGCCAGGAGCGGCUGUCCUUUGUCAAUGCGGGACAAAGCACGGGAGCCGGGCAGGCCACAGAGACGGACCUGCGGGACGCCACGCUGGCUCUGCAGGGUUUGCGAGUGGAAGACGAGGGCAACUACACCUGCGACUUCACCACCUUUCCCAAUGGCACCCGCCGGGAGGUGACCUGGCUGCGCGUCAUAGCCCAGCCCCAGAACCACGCUGAGGCCCAGGAGGUGACCCUGAGCCUGGAUCCCGUGCCCGUGGCCCGCUGCGUCUCCUCUGGUGGUCGCCCACCCGCCCGUGUCUCCUGGAUCUCGUCCCUGGAUGGGGAGGCCAAGGAGAGCCAGGUGCCAGGGACCCUGCCCGGCACUGUCACUGUGACCAGUCGUCUCACCUUGGUGCCCCUGGGCCGGACGGACGGGGUCCAGGUCAGCUGCAGAGUGGAGCAUGAGAGCUUGUCGGAGCCCGUCCUGCUGCCCGUGACACUCUCCGUGCGUUACCCCCCCGAGGUCUCCAUCUCUGGCUAUGAUGACAACUGGUACCUUGGCCGGAGUGAGGCCACCCUCAGCUGUGACGUCCGCAGCAACCCUGCACCCACUGGCUAUGACUGGAGCACGGCCUCGGGCGUGUUCCCUGCCACCGCGGUGGCACAGGGCCCGCAGCUGCUCAUCCACACGGUGGACAGCCUGGUCAACACCACCUUCAUCUGCACAGUCACCAAUGCUGUGGGCACAGGACGCGCCGAGCAGGUCAUCCUGGUUCGAGAGACACCCAACACCGCAGGUGCCGGGGCGACCGGGGGCAUCAUCGGGGGCAUCAUCGCAGCCAUCAUUGCCACUGCCGUGGCCGCCACUGGCAUCCUCAUCUGCCGGCAGCAGCAGAAGGAGCAGAGGCUGCAGGGGGCCGAGGAGGAAGAGGAGCUGGAGGGGCCUCCCUCCUACAAACCGCCAACCCCGAAGGCAAAGCUGGAGGAGCCGGAGAUGCCCUCCCAGCUGUUCACUCUGGGGGGCUCGGAGCACAGCCCACUGAAGACCCCCUACUUUGACGCUGGUGGGACCUGCACCGAGCAGGAACUGCCUCGCUACCAUGAGCUGCCCACGCUGGAGGAGCGGUCGGGACCGCUGCUCCUAGGGGCCACAGGCGUGGGGCCUCCCCUCCUGGUGCCUCCAGGGCCACCUACCGUGGUGGAGGGGGUCGCCAUGGACCUGGAAGAUGAAGAGGAGGAGGAGGAGGAAGACUAUCUGGACAAGAUCAACCCCAUCUAUGAUGCCCUGUCCUAUAGCAGCCCCCCAGAUUCCUACCAGGGCCAGGGCUUUGUCAUGUCCAGGGCCAUGUACGUGUAAGGUGCCGCAGCUCUUCCCCUGGGGCUCCUUGGGCCACUCCUUGGGCCACACACAGGCACACACUCCUACUGGGUGACUUCAUGCUGACCUCCAGCCCGCCAAGGCCCCGGGGACCUGGGGACCUUAUUAACUCAGGAGGCCUAGGGGUCAUCUGGGCAUGUUUCUAUUAUGACCUCUGACCUCCAUCCCCCUCCACAGUCCCCUACUCGAAGACUGUGACCUCUGAUGGUACCUCUCUCUCACUCCGCCAGACAUCUCAAUGGCCCAGAAACCCCAAGAUCACUCCAGACACUACAGGGCGGUUGGGGUGGGCAUUGGAGGGGUCUCUGCUGCUCAGACUUGAGCCCUCCGGCAGCAGUGCCCCGCCCCACCCAACGCCCCAAGGAUGGGA